UCGAAGAUCGAAUUCUCAGUUGUCAUUUAGUCGAAGAUGUCAACUAAAUGUCUAAUAGCGAGUUUGGUCCUGCUACUUGUGCAUACAUCAUCAGGUCAACGAUGCAAUAAACUAUCCUUCCAACGCCUGUGUGUCACCGAUGGCAAUGAUUUGGUACUCGAAAACGAAAGGCUAUCAAUGACCAUUAAUAAGACAAAAGGACAGAUCAUUGAACUUUAUUAUAAUUCGAUUAUCGAUACAACCAUCAAAUCAACGAACCUGGUGGGAGGCGGCUCUAACUAUUACCUUGCCAAUAUUGAUGUCGACGGCAAGAAUGCGUCGGUUAGACCUUAUAUGGGAAAUAUAAAUAUUACCCAGAAUGCCGAACUUAUCGACAUUGCAUUCAUAAGCAACGACACAAGCAUUUGGCCAGUCUACUUCGAGUUUCACUUGGUCCUCGAAAAGAAUUCGUCCGUAUUUUACUACUACUCCAUUCACAAGUAUUUGAGAGAUGGUUACACUGCCGGUCAGCUACGAUGGGCAAUAAGGGCCAACAUGGACAUUUUCAAGUACUAUAGUGUAGAUGGAAAGAGGGCGGGGACUAUGCCCUUACAGCGAGAUAUAAAAUCAGCCCAGACACAGACUGUACAAGACUGGACAUAUAUGUUCAAAGAUGGAACAGUUUACUCAAAAUAUCAGCAAAUAUCGUCUAAUGAAGACAUAAACACUGUGUUCGGUAUUUAUGGUAAUCGCUUCGGACUGUCUCUACUACAGACACACAAAGAAUGGGUCAGUGGAGGACCAUUCAAGCAGGACCUGACAACACACACCGGACAUUUGUUGCUUUUCCAUGAACACUCGGGACACUACGGCACUCCAGAACUGGUACCCACAAAGGGAUGGACCAAAGUGUACGGUCCAAUCGGCUUAUAUUUCAAUGAAGGACUUAGUCUUUCGGAAAUGUAUUCCGACGCUCAGAGACAACUCAGAGAAGAGGAGAAGAAGUGGCCGUACCAGUUUGUCACCGCACCAGAGUACAACGCACAAGGGAGGGGCAGUGUGUCGGGAGUACUUACUGUGGAUGGGUCGCCGAAUAAAGAGUGGACAUACCUUAUUCUAACCGAACCUCAUGUUGAUGAUCCACAGUUUGAGUCGGCCACUUACAUGUAUUCCGCAGUAGCAGGAAAAAAUGGUGAAUUCAAAAUACCAGCUGUGAGACCAGGCACAUACAAACUGCAAGUGAUAGCCAAGGGUGUGGUUGGAAGGUACAUUCAAGACAACAUUCACGUCUAUCAAAAAGAGAACAGUGAUCUUGGCACAAUUGAUUGGAAGCAGGAGACCCAUGGCGAAUUACUUUGGCAGAUCGGUGUGCCUGAUAGAAGUUCUGCAGAAUUUAAAUCGCCACCUGGUUUUCCAUCGCCUAUCCCUAAUUUAGAAGAGUACCGUAAGUUUGGCACAUGGCUCAGCUAUCCCAAGACAUUUCCUAACGAUCCGGAUUUCACAGUAGGUCUUAGUGACCCAGCCGAAGACUGGUGCUAUUUUAUGCCCACGAUCAAGACACCUGGCUUUCCUGCUCAACUUAAACUGGUUAAUGUCACCCAAAAUGCGCAACCUACCAUCUGGAAAGUCAGAUUCAAUUAUAGCGGGUCAACUAAAGGCAACGCCACAUUAAUACUGGGAUUUACUGCUAGGGUCAAAGCCGGUAUUCGUGCGCUCAUCAACGGUGAGGAAAUACUUGAGGUAGUCGAUUUUGACGGACCGCAAGGCGAUUCUGCAUUGUUUCGUCAGGCAGCGCAUGGUAUAUUCCACCAGCAGAGUGUGACGUUCGGCCUAUCGCUAUUGAAGGACAAGAAUAUUCUAGAGUUAACACCUGCUGGUGUGGUGAAUCAGAAUCAUUUUGACAGAAUGAUGAUGUGGGACUUCUUGAGAAUGGAAGUUAGUAAUUAAUUGUGUUUUCAUAUACUAUAGAAAAGGUUUGUUUUGUUAAUUAUCAAUGAAUAAAGAUUUAAAAAAUUU